UUCACAUACAGUAGCUCAGUUAUAAAUGGGAUCCAGGCUGGUGUGAGUGCAGGCUUUCAGCUUAAACUCAGCGUACAAUGUUCCUGCGCAGUAUGGAAAACUGUGGAAUUUGAUUUUGGCGUUUUCCAAACGUGGAUAAGUAUGGAAAUAGGUGCCAGCACACGGGCCAUGGCGACCGAGGAGAAGAACCGUUGGCGGGCAAAGGGCCUCCCGUGCAUUGCACCGCUAGUGAGCUCGGUGAAUGAGACGACGGUGCCAAUCACUACAGAGAUCCACGGACACGUUCCUGCCUGGCUCAGUGGCAGUCUCUAUCGGAACGGCCCUGGAAAAUUCGAGUUUGGGACACAGACUUAUAACCACUGGUUCGAUGGCAUGGCCCUGCUUCACAAGUUCAAGAUCAAGGGCAAUCAGGUGACCUAUAAGAGCCACUUCCUGCGUAGCGACAGCUACAAGGCCAACAGCGAGCACAACCGGAUCACAGCGUCAGAGUUCGGCACGCUGGCCAUGCCUGACCCCUGCAAGAACUUUUUCCAGCGCUUCCUGACGCGCUUUGUCAUGCCGAAGCCCACUGACAAUGCCAGUGUGCACUUUGUCAAGUACAAGGGUGAUUACUACGUUAGCACUGAGACCAACUUAAUGCACCGGGUGGACCUCGAGACCUUGAUGUCAAAGGAGAAGGUAGACUGGAGUAAGUUCAUCGCAGUAAAUGGCGCCACAGCCCAUCCUCACUAUGACCCCGAUGGCACUGCGUACAACAUGGGCAACUCCUACACCAAAAAAGGUGCCUUUUACAACAUCAUCCGUGUGCCUCCUGAGAAAACGGGACCGGAGGACUCCCUGCAGGAAGCCAAAGUAGUGUGCUCCAUCCCUUCAGCAAACAAGAACAAGCCCUCUUAUUACCAUAGCUUUGCAAUGUCCGAGAACUAUGUGGUGUUCAUUGAACAGCCCUUAAAGCUGGACCUCCUUCAGAUUCUGACGGGAAAGCUGCGGGGGAGGGCACUGAAUACGUGCAUCUACUGGGACCCCCAUCAGGAAACGGUCUUGCAUGUUGUCAACAAACAUACAGGCAAGCCAAGUGCAGUGAAGUACCAGGCCAGGCCGCUGUCUUUCUUUCACCAGAUCAACGCCUUUGAGGAGGAUGGCUUCCUAAUGGUGGACCUCUGCUGUUUGGACGAUGGCAGAGUGAUGAACAACUUCCUGAUCCAGAAUUUGCGCAAAUCCGGGGAAGCCUUAGACGAGGUGUACAACGAGAUGUGCUUUGCCUUUCCACGGCGGUUUGUCCUGCCUCUCCAUGUAGAUGAGAACACGCCCUAUGGCCAAAAUUUAAACACUCGUCACUGCAGCCUAGCCACAGCUAUGAAGAUGUCAAAAGAUGUGGUGUUCUGUACCCAUGAGGAUCUCCAUGGUGAUGACCUCCGGGAGUACGGUGGUCUGGAGUUCCCCCAGAUCAACUAUGCCAGAUAUAAUACGCGUCCAUACCGCUACUUUUACGCCUGUGGUUUCAGACACCUGGUGGGGGAUUCCCUUAUCAAAAUGGACCUGCAAGGAAAAAAGUUCAAGGUGUGGUACCAGCCAGAUUUCUACCCCUCAGAACCCAUCUUUGUACCAUCACCUGGGGCUGUCGACGAGGAUGAUGGUGUGAUACUGUCUGUGGUCAUCACUCCCAUACAGGGCAAGAAUACAUUCCUUCUAAUCCUGGAUGCCAGAACAUUUGAGGAGCUGGGCCGGGCUGAGGUGCCGGUGCAGAUUCCAUAUGGCUUCCACGGGGUGUACGAGUCCGAAGUGCUCAUCCCCCAGGGUCAAGCCUGAAACGCUACACAGGAGACUGACUAUGCAGUAAAGAAGCAGCCAAUCCAAAGCUCUAUAACAGGGUUCUUCAACUCUGGACCUCGAUUCCAGAUCCAGGCCGUGUUUUCAGUUCUCCCAGGUAGUUGUUUAAUAAUUACUGAUUUUGAUUGGUCAGAGGCUUCAUACCUGACUGACAGGUAAAGGAAGGCUGGAAAACCAGCAGUGCUCGGACCUCGAGGACCAUGAGUUGAAUAACCCUGCUCUAUAAUGAAUAUAUCACCUCUGUCAUUAACACUAAUUCUCAGAUAAUUAUUACCAAAUAAUUAUAUUUAUAAUUAGUUUUUAACUAACUUUAACUUUGUAUUUUAAAAUCUGAAAGGGGACUUAGAACAUGCAAGUGCUGUCCUGAAGAUUUCGGUAACAAUAUCUUUUCUGAAAGCAGUUUUUUGGUUCUCGUAGGAAGUUACUGUGGAUAGAGGUAAACUUUGAUGCUUUUGCAUUGACUCUACCACUAUUAUUAAUAUUAAAAUAAUGAAUAAGACAUUUUUAUUUUUAAAUGUAUUUUAUUAUAUAAUAAUAAUUACUGUUACUGUCUAUCAUUGUCUAAAUGUAUUUUUACUGUCUAAAUAU